AUGACGAUUCACUUGUCUUUGCCGUGCAUACUUCUCGGGUUUGUUUAUGCCGGAACUGCAUCGACCCAAACGACAGUCACAAUACCAAAGAGUCUCAUCGGUUUCACCACUGAUUUUGAGGCCCAAACUUCAUCAUGGUUAUCGUGCCCGGAUGACAGCACCUUUCACGUCAGUAGCACCUAUGCUACAUGCAUGACGUUUGGUGAUGUCUGGUUUAACUCUGAUAUGGUGACUGCUUGCUCGUGGAUCACACAAUACCUCGAUAAUGGAAAAUCACAUAUAUGCACUGGAUGGGACGCUUAUUGCCUCACCACAACCAUCUACGAAAGCUAUCCCUCAGCGAGCCUCAGCUGGAUUAGUUACGGGUGCGAACCCGUCACCGGCGAUCGCCACUUCACACUUUAUCGCAACUUGGGUACAUCGGCUUCAAUGCCAACGACCUCUCCCCGAGAUACCGGGCCGACAGGGGCACCAAGCCCCGGGUCUUCAGUCUCCGCGUUGUCAACAUUGGAACCCACUAGUAUCUCUGACUCCACCACACCAUCUUCAUCCUCGAAAGCUUGGAUAGCCGGUGCCGCCGCCGGGCCUGUUAUUGCUCUCCUAGCCAUAGGCGCUCUGGUCUUUUGGUGGAAGCGAAGAAGGGCUAAAAAGCAUGUCCCGGCGUCUGAAUCUGAUGGUCCGAACCAGGUUCAUGAGGCUCCGAUACAGUCUCCCAAGUCUGAUGAGGUUUCUGAGCUCCCGUCACCGUGGUCUCCUAGGCCUGGGUCCGAGUUAGAGUCUAGGGAAAGUAGGAUGGCUGGUGAUCCAAGGGCUGCAUGUGUGGAAGUAAGGUCGCCGGAGACGGUUUUUGAAGUUGAGUGA